AUGGCCGUCGUAAUAGAUUUCCUAUCCUCCUGCAAUCGACUGUCAUCGGCAAUAUUCCGCACCAAGGGCAGUUUGGAGCGAUUACGACCAGAUUCUGGAACGGCAUCUCCGUAUCCCGGCAGCCUAACCAUGCUCGAAGUGACGAAAAUUAGUAUUGGCAAUGUUCUCGCCGUCGGAGUGUUCGUCAUCGCCGGACAGAUUGCGACAAGUAUAGCCGGUCCGUCGGCGACGGUGUCUGCUGUGAUCGCCGCAUUUGCAAGCACACUAACAGGUCUUUGCUAUGCAGAGUUUUCAGCACAGAUUCCUGAAAGCUUAUCCAGCGUAUACGUGUACACUUACAUACUUGUUGGCGAGUUUUUCGCCUUCAUCGUCGGAUGGUGGCUAAUCCUGAUGUACAGCAGUGUGACGGCAAUGAACGCACAAGUAGUCAGUGGUACGUUCGAUUACCUCCUCGGAAACCCGAUUCGAAACAACGUUCUCACCACCAUUGGGGAGCUUACUUAUUUCGACUCAACGCCCGACUUUCUCGCUCUUAUCAUCGUCGCCAUAGCAAUACUCUUAACAGUUGUUGGAUUAAAACAGACAGUUCGUUGUCUGGACGUGAUUACUGUGACGAACAUUGCAGUAGUUCUGUUCACAGUUGGCGUGGGAUGUUUCUACGCCAACUCCGAAAACUGGUUUCAGAAUGAUGGUUAUUUCCCAGAAGGUCAAGGAGGGGUCUUUACAGCAGCAGCCUGCUGUUUCUUUGCAUUUCUUGGGUUCGAUAUUAUCGGAACAGCUGGCAAGAAAUCUCAAAACCCUCGACGAAGUAUAAUAGGAUCCAUUUCCAUAGUUACACUGAUGUGUCUAACAACCAUCAUAGGAGUUGUCUUGAUUAUGACGCUAGUGGCGCCCUACAAUUUGAUUGAUCCGAUUGCGCCGCUGCCUGGUGCAUUCGGGUUUCGUGCUGUGAACUUUGCCAAAUUUAUUACAGGAAUUGGGACAAUUGUGGGCGUUUCCAUCGCUUUGUUCGGGUUUCUUCUUCCUUUUAUUGGCGUUGUGACCGCCAUGGCAAGGGAUGGACUGUUAUUCAGAUUCCUUGGCUCCGCCUACAGCCAGACAGAUGUGCCAGUUUACUCUAUGCUCGCUGUUGGAAUAUUAUCUGGAACUCUUGCUCUUUGUUUUAAGUUGAAAGACCUCGUGCAGCUCCUUGCUCUCUGUACCUUGUCCAUUUACAGUAUUGUCUGCGCAUGCGUAAUUACACUGCGUUACCAACCUGACUCUAAACAUUUGUCGGAUGCGACGCUGGAAGAGGAAGAUAUCUCGAUGAAAGAAAAUAGAAAAUUUACGCCAAGCGUAAAAAAGUACGACAAAAUGAUGACGUCAGCUAAAAGUUGGAGCGGCACAGAGUUUGACAACACGAUUAAAUCCAAUGGACAUCAUGAACAUUUGCACGAAAUUGAAAAUAAGUCCUCGAACGAGGACAGAAGCAAAGACUCUGACGUCACUUCAUUAUCUUCUGACACAGGGGAUGAAAGUGAUAUUGAUUCUAUUGUUGAGGAAUACAAAGAAAAACUUCGUGUUGCCGCGUUGACGAACAUAGAAGGGCCUUUCAGUUCCAGGAAACCAACCCAUGGGUGA